AUGCGGUUGCUGCAUGGUGUGUUGGCCGCCCUGCUGGCCGCGACGGUGCCGGCUGCCGCCGCCCAGCAGGCCAACAACCUGUCCUUGUCCGACGCCAUCUCCCAAAUGCCUCCAUGCGCGUCGUCGGCGACACCGGCUGUAGUCCCGUCGACAAGACCUGCAUCUGCCGGACCAACUAUCACAAGAUUGAACAGACCGCGACGCCCUGCAUCCUCCACUCCUGCACGUUCCCCGAGGCACUUCGUAAGCACCCCCCCCCCCCGGGCCCGGAACCUCACCGCGCUCUCCUGCGACGCCCCCGUCCGUGACAAGACCGCCCGCUACAACGUCAUGGCCAUCGUCCUCGGCGUCCUCACCAACCUCCUCGUCGCCGUGCGCCUCCUCUACAAGCAGUUCCUCUCCGCGCGCCGCGCCCUCACCUGGGACGACCACGCCAUCCUCGUCGCCGCGCUCCUCGGCGUCGCCGCCACCGUCAUCAACGUCCGCGGGCUCACCGCCGCCGGCAUGGGCCGCGACGUCUGGACCCUCACCCCGCAACAGCUCGACCGCUUCGGCGCCUUCUUCUACGCCAUGGAGGUCAUCUACCUCGCCGAGAUUACCUGCGUCAAGCUCAGCCUCUCCGCGUUUUACCUGUACGUGUUCCCGGGGGAGCGCGCGAGGACGCUGCUCUGGGGGACGGUGGUGUUCAAUGUCGCGUCAGGGGUGGCGUUUGUGGUGGCGGGGAUUUUUCAGUGCACGCCGGUAUCGUUCUUUUGGAAGAGGUACACGGAUGUAGAGGCGAGGGGAAGGUGUAUAGACAUCAACGCGUUUGGGUGGGCGCACGCGGCGAUUGGCAUCGCGGUGGACGUCUGGCUGAUUGCGAUUCCGCUCAGUCAGCUGCGGAAGCUGCAGCUGCACUGGAAGAAGAAGGUUGGCGUGACCUUGAUGUUUCUUCUCGGUACUUUUGUCACGGUCGUGUCCAUCCUUCGCCUCCAGUCGCUCAUCUACCUCGCCCGCUCGUACAACCCGACCUGGGACCAGUGGCUCGUUGCCUGGUGGUCCACCAUUGAAGUCCACGUCGGCAUCAUCUGCGCCUCCCUGCCGACCCUCCGUCUCGUGCUGGUGCGCAUGUGUCCUCGCGUCUUCAGCACCCACAUCACCCGCAACAAGUCUGCCCCGGAGCGCAGCACGCGACCGAACAGCGCAAGCUACAUCAUGCAAACCACACCACCACCGAAGAGCUACUCCUCACCACGGUCACCACGCCCAUUUGUCCCCCCGAAGGACUGGUAA